AUGAACCGAGGCCAAGCGCGACUCGCCUACUGGUGGAAAGCUUCUUCGGGCACAAAAUCAAACGAAGAUUUCAACGACCUUAUCCAUGUCCUAUCAUCCACCGGUUUUGACGAUCGACCGAUCACCGAGGGUGGUUUCUCUGCAGAGAAGGAUGCGACUGGCAUCUUCUCUGGCGACGACGGGUGGAAUGAGAAGUGCCUGGAGACGCCGCUCCCGAAAACACACACCCCUUUCCGUGACGAGGCAUCUCAUCCGACUUUCCCUGUCCCCGGCUUUCGCUUUCGCCGACUUCUUUCUCUCCUCAAAGCCGCGGUCAUGGACGAGACCACAGAGUAUGUCAAUCAACACCACUGGAUCCCGCACGAACUAUACUGGCGUCCUGAUCACGUCGCUUCUACCCCCGCUGACCCUCAACCACCACCCAUCCGGAUCUUCACAGACAUCUUCAACUCUGAUGAGAUGUUGAAGGAGGCGGAGACGCUCCGCACUAUGGCUCGCAAUCCAGCGGAUCCUGCCGACCUUGAGUACGCCGUUCUCCCGCUGCUCAUCUGGUCCGACGCCACGCAACUCUCAAAUUUUGGGUCCGCAUCCCUGUGGCCCAUUUACGUGUACCUCGGCAAUGUUUCCAAGUACGUCCGUGCCCGCCCUACCUCCUUCGCCGCGCACCACCUUGCAUACAUUCCCGAUCUUCCCGACUCCUUCAAGGAAUAUUACACGAACCUGUAUGGCAGGCCGCCAUCUUCGGAUGUCCUAAAGUUCUGCAAACGCGAGCUGUUCCAACAAGUCUGGCUGGCGCUCAUGGAUGAUGACUUCAUGACGGCGUAUGAGCAUGGGUUUGUGGUCACCUGCGGGGACGGCGUGACCCGUCGUAUGUUCCCCCGGUUUCUCACGUAUUCCGCUGAUUAUCCUGAGAAGAUUCUCGGAACUGCAUUGCGACCACUAGCCAAAUGUCCAUGCACGCGAUGCCUCGUCUGCAAAGAGGACAUCGCUGAUUCAGGCCUUCCGACCGACAUGUCCAACCGCGAGACCAAGAAGCGGGUAGAUGAUAGCAACGUUCAAGAUGCAAUCGCAGCGGCAAGACGCGCCGUUUUCAAAGGACGAUCGCUCGCAGGCAAGUACGUCAAGGUUCACCUUGAUGACCGCUCUCUCAAUCCUAUCCGUGUAAGUACUACCUGCUGUACAAUUAACUGCUCGAGCACCGGCUCAUUUCAGUUCAUACAGAGUGCGUUCUCAGAGCGGCUCGCAAGCUUUGGGUUCAAUGUCUAUGACUUGUUCGCCCCAGACCUCAUGCAUGAAUUCGAACUCGGGGUAUGGAAGGGCACGUUUCAACACCUCAUGCGGCUCCUUGACAGCGACACCCGAGGAGGUGAUUCACUCGCGUCAUUCAACAGCCGGAUGCGUUUGAUGCCGACCUUCGGCAGUGGUCGUAUCCGACGAUUCUGGCACGAUGCAUCCAGUCGAAAGCGCCUGGCCGCGCGUGAUUACGAAGCGUACCUGCUGACUAUCAUGCCUGCGUUUGAUGGCUUGCUUGCUGAUAAUAACGAUAAUCAUAUCGUCAGCAACAUGCUUUUUGAGUUAGCCAACUGGCACGCAUUGGCAAAGCUACGCCUACAAACUGACAUCACGAUCGACAUCAUGGCGACAUCGACACUGCAUAUGUACGCGUCGGUACGCAAGUUUGCAGACACCACAUGCACCCGACAUACUACCUAUGAGACCGGUGCUGAAGCGGAGACUCGGGUCCGCCGGGAGACCGCCCAGCCGCAUCGGAAGUCUCGCCCAGCGGAUACAAGACGGAAACGGAAGGACUUCAGCGUAAAUAAGACAUACAAGUACCACGCACUCGGGCAUUGCGUGGCCUACAUUCGCCGACGUGGACCGUUGGACGUCUACAGCACCCAAACAGGCGAGUUGGAACAUCGACACGUCAAGAGGUUCUAUUCACGCACUAAUAAGGUUCGCUACAUACCGCAACUCGCCAGCCAAACUCGCCGCGCCGCGCUGCUGCAGAAGAUCAAGCACCGCGAUGUCGGCUUUGUCCCUCGCCGCGAGCUCGCAUACCAUCAAAAAAGGGCUGCAACCAUGCUUCAAGAGUCGUCCGAGAGGCUAUCUACCGCACCCAUGCACGGUGUGAACGGAUCUGUUCCGGAGGGAGAUAACGACGCAACGGACUCUGUCGGCUGUGACCCGCAUGCCAAGUACAACGUCGGCCAGUCCCGCAACGACUCGGUGAAGAUUUUCAACUGGCUUGCAUCAAACCGCACCGAUCCUGCGAUUGUGGAUUUCCUUCCAGCUUUGCGUCGGCAUUGCUUUGCACGUUUGUUUUCCAGUGACAGGACGGCUUUAGAAGAGCGCCCUUUGAACCCGGCAGAGACCAUUGGCCUCCACAUCCACGACACACGCAUCUACAGGCACAAAGUGAUUCGGUUCAACUACUCGACGUACGACAUGCGCCGAGACCAGGAUUCAGUCAAUCCACGCACCCAUUCGGACGUCAUGGUCUGGGCACCUGACACAGACGCGAUCGUGGCGGACACCCCUCAUCUUCAGUACAGCUACGCCCGAGUCAUCGACAUCUUCCAUGUGUAUGUCUCCUACGUUGGCCCAGGAUCCACCGCCUACACACAACGCUCCCAUCGUCUGGACGUUCUCAGAGUCAGAUGGUUUGAACACGACCCAACAUAUCAGUCAGGCUUCGCCCACCGCCGCCUUCCCCGUGUCAAGUUCGUUCCACAUGAAGACCCGACUGCGUUUGGAUUCUUGGACCCGGCGUGCGUCAUCCGCGCAUCAUACCUCCUUCCCGCGUUCGAUAUGGGUCGUACACAAGAGCUACUUCCACCGAGUCCUCUCGCGCGUGUGACUUCCGGAGAUAAGGAUGACGAAGACUUCGCCGGGUUUCAUGUAUGCAUGUUCGUUGACAGAGAUAUGUAUAUGCGUUAUCUCGGUGGUGGGGUUGGUCACAGGGAGGAGUUCAUCACGGUAGAGCAAUCACGCAUGCAUGCCUUGCGCGCCGAGGCCGAUCACGACAAGGACAUCGGUGUCGUCGGAGGUAGUGAACACAUAAGGCUUGAUGAAGACGACGAUGCAUGUGAUGAAGAAGACGAGGAGAUGGAGUGCUCUGAUGAGUCGCACAGUGAUGAAGAAUACGACCUGGAAGACCUGGACGAUGCUGACGAUGACGACGAAAACCAUAUGCUCGAAGAUCUCGACGAUUAUGAGGACAACGUGUAUGAAAUCGAAGGUUUUGCUCGGCCCUAG